UCAGGAGCUGAAGGAAUUAACAAAAUACUACUUUUUUUCAUAAUCUGUCGCAUUUUAUUCCCCCCCCCCUCCCUCAAAAAAACAAUGAUGGCAUCAUUUGCAAAAGUCUUGCCAAUUUUGCCAUUUUUCAUCGCCCUGGUCAGCGCUCAGGUCCCCCUCCAGUUGGAUCCACCUCACCCAAAUGACGGUACCCCACUCAAUUUUCCAAGUCAGAGUGUAGUUCCCCAGGGGGACGAGAUUUCUCCCCUGUACAGAUUAAAUGGCACCAUAAUUCCGUCUAAUUACGAGUUGGAACUCCUCGUCUUGCUGGAUAAUGACCCCGCCUACGGGGCCCAGUUUACAGCCCCUGGUAAAGUCCGGAUCGACAUUACACCCACCAUUGCCACCGGACUGAUAACACUUCACUCUUAUCUCCCCGUGAUUAAUGAGUCCUCAAUUCAGGUCACCAAACCAGACCAACCCGAUCUUGUAAUUGAAGUAACACAAACUUCCAACGAGACCGAGGGCGUGGUGCAGUUUUACUCCAUCAGCCUCAACACGAUCUUAAAUCCUGGUCAGCUUUACCAGCUCUACAUCGAAUUUGUUGCCCCAAUUUCGACCAACAUUUUAAAUGGGCUCUACCUCAGCACUUAUGUCGACCCUGUUUCCGGAGAGACCAAACGUCUCGCCGCGACUCAAAUGGAAUCCAUCCACGCCAGGAAAUUAUUCCCCUGCUUCGACGAACCCGAACUAAAAGCAACCAUUGACCUCAGCAUUAUUCGGAAAUUUAAUUAUUCAUCAUUGGCAAAUGCGAAUUUACUAUCUUCAACUGCCGACCAAACCCGACCUGGUUUCAUAAUCGACAAGUAUAACAAGACCGUUCCCAUGUCGACCUAUCUUUUCGCCAUGGUCGUUUCCGACUUCACCUUUGCGGAAGCAGAUCCUCCCACUUUUGGGGGAAAACCGGUCCGAGCCUACGCCCCACCGUAUCUCAUCGCUCGAGGCGGCGGCAACUACUCGGCCCAAGUUUCCGCAGAAUUAUUGCAAUUUUUCGAUGACUAUUUCCAAUUCCCGUACCCACUGGAAAAGAUGGAUUCUGCUGCAGUACCACAGUUCGGGGCGGGUGCGAUGGAAAAUUAUGGACUUAAUUUGUACAGCGAGGGCCUCCUAAUGUAUUACGAUGGCGAAACGUUAGAGUCGAACCGUAAUUCCAUCACGAGCGUCCUCUCCCACGAACUUGGACAUCAGAAUUUUGGAAACCUCGUCUCUCUAAAUUGGUGGACCCAAAUCUGGUUGAACGAAGGCUUUGCCACAUAUGUCGCCAACCUUGGCGUUGACGCGGUCCGUCCAGAAUUCCGUGCCCGUGAGAGUACCAUCGGCCAGCUACAAAACUCCAUGGUUGCCGAUGCCCAGCCAAAUAGUCACCCUUUGCAGAACAAUGUACAUCCGACGGCACCGGACGCGCACGUGGGGGCGAUCACGUACGACAAGGGGGCAUCUAUUAACCGCAUGACAGAGAAAUUCCUGACCGAAGUAACUUUCCAGAAAGGCCUGCAAUAUUAUCUGCAAGACAUGAAGUAUCAAGGAGCACAUUCGGACGAUCUAUUUCGCAACUUGGAUAUCGCAGCGGCAGAAGAUAACCGACUUCCUGUCGGUUUAACGGUCAAAUCAAUUCUGGACACGUGGACCUUACAACGAGGGCAUCCACUCGUUUACGUCUCGGCUACAGGACCAAAUUCUAUCCAAAUCACGCAGAUGAGAUACGUUCACACGGACGACCCAUCCGACACGUUGUGGUACCUUCCUGUCACCGUCGUGUCCCAAGAUGUUCCAACUUUGCCGAAUCACGUCCCCCAACUUUGGAUCAACUCGUCCACCACGUCCGCCACUUUUACAGAUGUAGACACCUCCAAGUGGAUAAUGAUCAAUCAGGACGCCACCGGAUAUUACCGGGUCAUUUACACCCUCUCAUUGGAAACCUUAAUUCGGGAGCAGCUAAAUGCAAAUGCAUCCGUGAUCACGCCCCUCAGCAGGAGUCAACUGUUGGACGAUUACUUUGUCAUGGCAUUUCGAAAUGGAAUUGCUAUCCAAACCGCGCUCGAUUUGACGACCUAUCUCGCCCAGGAGGAUCACUUUACAGUGUGGGACGUCAUAUUUAGGCAUCUCCAGAAAACGCACAACUUGCUCAGCGCGUCCGAUUCGUAUCAGGCUUGGCGGGCCUACCUCCUCCCCCGCCUGGAACAAGCCCUGCUCAAAGUUGGCAUUCCCGAUUCACCCGAUCACAUCGGAAUUGCUGCCAUCUACCGGGCAAAACUUCUCGAUUGGGCGUGUUCCAUGCAACUACCACAAUGCUACAACUUCGCGCAACAGCUUUUCACCGAAUGGGCCGCGAAUCCUGCGAUAAAUCCCGUCAACAUAAAUGCUCAAGCCGUCCUGCAUUGCGCCAUUGUCGCAUCUGGACCUCGCACCGCGUACGAUUUUACGUUCUCCCGCUAUCUCGAGGUUCCUCAGGGUUCGCCCGUCAAGCCGAGACUACUCAAUGGUUUGGGAUGCAGUCAGGACACUGUCACUUUACAAGACCUAAUCGAGAAGGCCAUGAAUACCUCGUCCUCCUUGGUGAGAUCCGACGCCGUCACGGCAAUUCAACGCGUCGCCAUGAACAAACUUGGCAAACCUCUCGUGUUCACCUUGCUCGAGACUCGACUGGCCGAAGUCAUCGCCACACUUGGGGAAGGGUCGCUUAAUCCAGUGGAGAGAAUUGUGUCCACGUUAGUGGCGUCCCUAACUUCGCAGGCGGACUUUAAUCGGUUGGCCACAUUUAUUGUCGACAAUGGCGAAAUUCUUCUCCCAAUUAACGACUCGCUGCAAGCCUCUGUCGCCACCAUGCGGGCAAACAUGGAAUGGAUGGAGGAAUAUGGAAAUUCCAUUGUCAAUUGGCUAGAAAUGCAACCGUAAAUUAUGCAUAGUGACCAAACUUUCAUGGGAAUGAGCUUGUGUGAAAUAACAAUUUUUUGCCUGAUAAAUAAUUAUAUGGCAUAUGAUUCCAUUAAAUCAAAAUUUUUCGAAGAAAUUUCUUUUAAAAAUUAUUCAAGAUUCGAAUCUAAAAAAUAAAGGCUGUCAAUGUGAAAAUUAUAACUUACUAACGAACUAUUGUCAUUCAUUCGUAACCAACUAUUGCAAAUGUACAUACUGUCGAGUUUCAAUACCCUGUCAUUUAUUUGUGGACUUCUUCAUACGUGAAAUUUAAAUCUUUUAAAUUAUCGACAAAAUGUUUUAACACUACUUUUUGACAGAUUUCUAAAAGCUAAAAGUUUUUGCAUUGUGGGGGGCACGUAAUUUUGCAUGAUAAAAUCGUGUCAUAUGAAAAAAUUGGUGUUGUGAUAUGAAUUUCUCUUGAUCGUAAAAUACGAAGUUUCCAAAUUUAGUAAUAAAUAUUACAUAAUAUAUA